CCGCUGCCCUCCACCCCCACGGGCACCCCCGGAGGGCUGGGGACCAAAGUCUGGGUUUCUGAGAAAGCCGGAUAGGAACCCUAACUGGACUUUUUGGGACCCCCAGGAAGGACUUGAGGCCUGAGCCAUCCUCCUCUCUAGUCUGCCUGCUCCCCAGGACUGGGCAGGUGCCGGAGGCCCUGGGGGGGGGGCCCAGGACUGUGGUCGUGCCCCCCCCCACAUCCCAACAGGAUGGGCCCAAGUUAGUAAGCCCAGCCUCAGCCAGCAAGCUCCAGGCCCCGAGGGACUCCCGGGGGCUCUGAAAGCUUGACCUGCCUGGCCGCCAUGGAGACGAAGUUGCCCCCCGCAAGCACUCCCACCAGCCCCUCGUCCCCGGGACUGUCGCCUGUGCCCCCGCCCGACAAGGUGGACGGUUUCUCCCGCCGCUCCCUGCGCAGGGCCCGGCCCCGGCGCUCCCACAGCUCCUCUCAGUUCCGUUAUCAGAGUAACCAGCAAGAGCUCACGCCGCUGCCCCUGCUCAAAGAUGUGCCGGCCUCGGAGCUGCACGAGCUGCUGAGCCGCAAGUUGGCCCAGUGCGGGGUGGUGUUUGACUUCUUGGACUGUGUGGCCGACCUGAAGGGUAAGGAGGUGAAGCGGGCGGCCCUCAACGAGCUGGUGGAGUGUGUGGGGAGCACCCGGGGCGUCCUCAUUGAGCCCGUGUACCCAGACAUCAUCCGAAUGAUCUCAGUGAACAUCUUCCGGACCCUGCCGCCCAGUGAGAACCCUGAAUUUGACCCUGAAGAGGAUGAGCCCAAUCUGGAGCCGUCGUGGCCACACCUGCAGCUGGUCUAUGAGUUUUUCCUGCGUUUCCUGGAGAGCCCAGACUUCCAGCCCUCUGUGGCCAAGAGAUACGUGGACCAAAAGUUUGUCCUGAUGCUCCUGGAGCUGUUUGACAGCGAGGACCCCCGGGAACGUGAGUAUCUGAAGACCAUCCUGCACCGGGUGUAUGGCAAGUUCCUGGGGCUGCGGGCCUACAUCCGCAAACAAUGCAACCACAUCUUCCUGAGGUUCAUCUAUGAGCUGGAACACUUCAACGGUGUGGCUGAGCUGCUGGAAAUCUUGGGAAGCAUCAUCAACGGCUUUGCGCUGCCCCUGAAGACCGAGCACAAGCAGUUCCUCGUCCGGGUCCUGAUCCCCCUGCACUCCGUCAAGUCUCUGUCUGUCUUUCACGCCCAGCUGGCAUACUGUGUGGUCCAGUUCCUGGAGAAGGAUGCCACCCUGACAGAGCACGUGAUCCGGGGGCUGCUCAAGUAUUGGCCCAAAACCUGCACCCAGAAGGAGGUGAUGUUUCUAGGGGAGAUGGAAGAGAUUCUGGAUGUCAUCGAACCCUCCCAGUUUGUGAAGAUCCAGGAGCCCCUCUUUAAGCAGGUGGCUCGCUGUGUCUCCAGCCCCCAUUUCCAGGUUGCGGAGCGGGCUCUGUACUUCUGGAACAACGAGUAUAUCCUGAGCCUCAUUGAGGACAACUGCCACACGGUGCUGCCUGCUGUGUUCGGGACCCUCUACCAGGUCUCCAAAGAGCACUGGAAUCAGACCAUUGUGUCUCUGAUCUACAACGUGCUUAAGACCUUCAUGGAGAUGAAUGGGAAACUGUUCGAUGAGCUGACAGCUUCCUACAAGCUAGAAAAGCAGCAAGAGCAGCAGAAGGCCCGUGAACGCCAGGAGCUGUGGCAGGGGCUGGAGGAGCUACGACUGCGCCGGUUACAGGGGACCCAGGGGGCCAAGGAGGCCCCCCUGCAGCGGCUUACACCCCAGGUGGCUGCCACCGGGGCUCAGAGCUAG